CCGUGCUUUCAGUUGGACUGAAUUUAGUCAAACGUUUACUAUCAUUGGUUUUAUUUCGCUCAUUACUAAAAACGUUGUGCCCCCCAAAAAAAACCUCCACUAAACCCCCCCCCCCCUUCCUUCCAUCCUCUCUCUCGUUGUCAUCUCCCUUGUUUAACAAGAAAUAAGAGGGGGCUUUUCCUGUUUUUCCUUUCCUCUUUUCAUACAUACUUCGUAAUUUUUAUUUAAUCCCAUUAUUUUCAUUUAUUUUGAUCUGCGAGAAGAAGCUCCAAUUGAUUAAACAUGGAGACUGAAAAAGACCCAGCUCGCAAACAAAAUGAUAAUCAACAGAUGGGAGAAUCGACUGAAAUAACUGAAGAAAAUCCAACACGCCAGCGCAGUAGGCCACUCCCACAACAUCUUGUCCUAGAUAUACCAUCAGAAAGUGUUCAAUUUUCCCCAGAGGAUUCUGUGAGAAUAAGCAUUCUUCCAACACCCAAAAAAGUAAAUUUUUCACCAAUGCACAGCCCUGCCGUUGCUGGAUUAAAUAGGUCUUCAAGCUCCACCAUGCGUAGGGACAAAUCAUCAUUUAAAAGCCUCCUCCCAAGACUUAGUUUCAAGUUCAAGAAUUCUUCUUCAGAGAUUGAGAAUGCCGCCAUUCUUUCCCUCGGUUCUCCAUCUUCGGUGGGAGGAGGGAGAAAACCAAUGAUGCGGACAUUUUCUCUUUCAAAGCUUUUUACACCAAAAGGAAAUAAAGCAUAUUCAUUACCCGUUACUCCCAUUUCAUGCUCUAAUCCAGGGUCCACGCAUGGAAGCAAUAAAGGACUGCUCCAAUUACCUAUUCACCGUUCACGUUCUGUUCCAGUUCUUAUCAAAGAUGGUAGUGUAAGGCAGGUGGAUUCUUUUGGAGGGAUAUUUCGUGUAAUACCAACAACUCCACGUGUUAAAGAUGGACCCUUGAUAGAGUCAGGUGCAAGUGCAACUGAUGCUGAGGAAGUUGAUGAUAACGGUGAAGACAUUCCUGAAGAAGAAGCUGUUUGCAGAAUUUGCUUUGUGGAGCUGGGGGAAGGCUCAGAGACGCUCAAGUUGGAAUGUAGCUGCAAAGGUGAACUUGCUUUGGCUCACCAAGAAUGUGCUGUUAAAUGGUUUAGCAUCAAAGGAAACAAGAUAUGUGAUGUAUGCCAGCAAGAGGUUAAAAACCUACCUGUUACACUUUUGCGAAUUCAGAAUGCUCAGGCUCAACAAGGAAGUGAUGGACAGCAGGCUGACUUGGCUGGUUUCAGGGUUUGGCAAGAUGUCCCUGUACUUGUUAUUGUAAGCAUGCUUGCUUACUUUUGUUUCCUUGAACAGCUUUUGGUUAAGAAAAUGGGUUCGGGUGCAAUUGCCAUUUCGCUUCCAUUUUCAUGCAUUUUGGGUCUGCUUGCAUCAAUGACGUCGACAACUAUGGUUGGAAGAAAAUUUCUUUGGGUAUAUGCAGCUGCGCAAUUUGUUAUGGUGGUUUCCUUUGCACAUAUUUUGUAUGCUCUGCUAAACUUGCAAGCUGUGGUAUCAGUUAUAAUUGCUACUUUUGUUGGUUUCGGAGUGGCUAUGUGUGGAUGCUCCAUUAUCUAUGAGGUUUCGAGAUGGAGGAGUAUAUGGCAAACUCGCUCAAAUUUUCAACCUAGUUCUGUGGACGAAGUGUCUACACCAGCAUCUGAUACAGAGAGCUUAACACAAGUAACUCCUAAUCAACCUGAAAUUAUGGCCAACAGUAGUAACUCUCAUCAUAUUCAUGGAGGUUAAUUGCUUAUACAAUGUAAAUAUCAAGCUCUUGUACAGCAAAUAUUUCCUCAGACAGAGGCGUUUGCGUAGAUCACUUGAUUCUGCCCCGUAUGUACAGUCAUACAGGUGGUAGGUUUUUCUUUUCUUUUUUGAAUACAGUUUCAUGGUUUGUUUGAUAGGAAGUAAGAAGUGUUGCAUUUGUAAAUCGAUUGAUGUAGGAAGCGUAUUGGAUUUCCUUAAAAUUCAGGACUUGUGGUGAGUUUCA